AUUUAUAUUAUUUUGCCUUUUAAAAUGGACGACACCAUAUGGGAAGGGUUAGAAGGUGGUGUAUGUAAGGGGCGGAGAAGUGACAUGAAAUGGUAGUAAGGGGUAACUAGGGCCAGUUUACUUGGAUCGGGCGUGGAGAUAUUGGUAAUUAUCAGCGAUUCAAAUGAGUAGGGAAGCUGGCAAAAGAUGGCAAGCUGGUAUUUGAUGGAGAACAAGAGUUGAGGGAUCAUUAGUCGUAACUGUUCACUCAAACGCCUCUCUCCGCUCGUUUCGCUUGCCCAGUUCUGCCAACCGCAUUCUUCAUCAUCAUCUCUCAGUGUGGGUGAGUCGACUCCGUUCCGGACUCCAUGGAUUCCUCUCGCGAGUUCGUCAAGGACGUCAAGCGUGUCAUUGUUAAGGUUGGAACAGCUGUGGUUACUCGAGCCGAUGGAAGAUUAGCAGUGGGUAGAGUUGGAGCUCUUUGUGAGCAGCUUAAAGAAUUGAACUCCCAAGGCUAUGAGGUCAUAUUGGUGGCUUCAGGUGCUGUUGGUGUUGGCAUCCAAAGGCUUCGAUACAGGAGAUUGGUCAACAGCAGCUUGGAUGAUCUCCAGAAACCGCAAAUUGAGCUUGAUUCAAAAGCUUGUGCAGCUGUCGGACAGAGUAGUCUCAUGGCUCUGUAUGAUACUUUAUUCAGCCAGCUGGAUGUUACGGCUUCUCAACUUCUUGUCACGAAUAGUGAUUUUAGAAAUCCAGAUUUCAGAAUGCAACUUUCUGAAACAGUUGGAUCCUUGUUAGAUCUAAGGGUCAUUCCUAUUUUUAAUGAAAAUGAUGCAAUCAGUACCAGGGAUCAUCCAAAUGAGGAUUCUUCUGGUAUAUUUUGUGAUAAUGACAGUCUGGCAACUCUACUGGCUCUGGAACUAAAAGCUGACCUUCUUGUCUUGUUGAGUGAUGUAGAGGGUCUGUACAAUGCCCCUCCAAAUAAGCCACAUGCGGAAUUAAUCCAUACAUAUGUUAAGGAAAAACAUGAAGGAGAAAUUACAUUUGGAGACAAGUCUAAGGUUGGAAGAGGGGGUAUGACUGCUAAAGUAAAAGCUGCUAACCAGGCAGCCGAUGCUGGCACCCCUACAGUGAUUACAAGUGGGUACGCCACUGACAACAUUAUAAAAGUACUUCAAGGGCAGCGUGUCGGUACACUUUUCCAUAAAGAUGCACAUUCAUGGACCCUAGUGAAAGAAAUUGGUGCCCGUGAAAUGGCAGUGGCUGCACGAGAAUGUUCCAGGCGGCUUCAGGCCCUGCCUUCAAAAGAUAGGAGGAAAAUUUUGUUGGACAUAGCCGAUGCCCUAGAAGCAAAUGAAAGCUUGAUUAAAGUUGAGAAUGAAGUUGAUGUUGCUGCUGCACAGGAGGCUGGGUAUGACAAGUCAUUACUAUCUCGUUUGACCUUAAAGCCUGGGAAGAUCUCUGGUCUAGCAAAAUCAAUUCGGAUGCUAGCAGACAUGAAAGAACCCAUUGGUCAUGUUUUAAGUAGAAUGGAGCUUGCAGAUGGACUUAUCUUAGAGAAGACAUCUUGUCCUAUGGGUGUCCUCCUGGUUGUUUUUGAGGCACGACCUGAUGCGCUAGUUCAGAUAGCUUCAUUAGCAAUUCGGAGUGGGAACGGUUUACUGUUGAAAGGAGGGAAAGAAGCUAAUAGAUCAAAUGCAAUCUUGCACAAGGUUAUCACUGAAGCUAUCCCAGAUACUGUUGGUGAAAAACUUAUUGGACUUGUCACUACAAGAGAGCAGAUUCCCGAUUUGCUAAAGCUUGAUGAUGUCAUAGAUCUUGUGAUCCCUAGAGGCAGCAACAAACUCGUUUCUCAAAUCAAGGAUUCAACUAAAAUCCCUGUUCUUGGUCAUGCUGAUGGUAUUUGCCAUGUUUACAUCGACAAGUCAGCUAAUAUGAAAAUGGCAAAGCACAUUGUUUUGGAUGCGAAGACCGAUUAUCCUGCAGCCUGUAAUGCAAUGGAAACCCUUCUUGUUCACAAGGAUUUUUUGAGUAAUGGUGGGUUCAAUAAGCUUGUUACAGAGCUCCAACGUAAAGGUGUUACUCUACACGGUGGACCAAGAGCAAGUGCACUGUUAAAUAUUUCUCAGGUUAACUCAUUCCAUCAUGAGUACAAUUCCAUGGCUUGCACAGUUGAAAUUGUAGAUGAUGUGCAUUCUGCCAUUGACCAUAUACAUCGACAUGGAAGUUCUCAUACUGAUUGUAUCAUCACAGAAGACUCCAAAAUUGCUGAAAUUUUCCUACUUCAAGUGGACAGUGCUGCAGUUUUCCAUAAUGCAAGUACCCGAUUUUGUGAUGGAGCACGUUUUGGACUUGGUGCAGAGGUUGGCAUAAGUACGAGUAGGAUUCAUGCUCGAGGUCCAGUAGGAGUCGAAGGAUUGUUGACGAGCCGAUGGAUUCUGAAAGGAAAUGGACACAUUGUGGAUGGCGAUGAAGGGGUCAUUUACACCCACAAGAGUCUCGCUCUACAAUCUUGAUUGUGCUGCAAGAUAUCUGUCAUGGGCCCCCGCUCCAAAUGGCUCCAAAUGACUGCUUAAUUUUUAUAUUAGCUACUGUUCUUAAAAUACGUCAACACACCUUCAUUUCAUGUCCUAUGGAAAUUGCCUGGGGCCGCAAGCUUUUUGUAUUUAUUUGCUUAAGUUUUUCAGUUUCAUACGCAGCUUCUUGACAGUACAUUUUGUUGAGAAUCAAUUUGGAGAAUCGUUGAGAAUCUAAAACAGAAUUGGCAUUGUUGAGAAUCGUGCUUGUUUAUUUAUGGCACCCGUAUCUUUGCAUAUCUACCUGAACGAAUUCUUUCCA